UUUUUUAUUGGUUUGCAGUUUUUAUUUAGAAGAGCUUACACACUUAAGCUAAUCCAAUAACUAACCAGUCAGACACCGAGUGAACAACCAAAUUGAAGGUCCUACUAGCUAACCUAACAUAACCUAAAAGGCUGAAACAAUUCUUUGUUAUUCGCAAUGUCUCGUCGUGAUUCCGAUUCCAACCGACGUCAUUCUAGAUUCGAUCGUGAAUCCAGCCCCAAGAGACACAGAAGGGAUGGGAAACAUGACAGAGAUAGAGUGACAACCGGUUCUAAUGGCAGCCACCGCCACCAGCCUCAUGCCUUUCACAAUUCUAACUCCCAAGCUAAGGAUGCGGACAACAAACCAAAUGAUCAUUAUGAAACACCAAAACCUGAAUCUCAUCCAACUCAACAUGAGGAACGAGGUAAUGCGGGGCAGGUUGGUCGAAGCUCCGGUCAAACGAAAGCUGGUGAACGUGGAUGGUGGAAGGACUUAAAAAAUCAGCAUAAUGAAAGGGAAGAGAUAAGUCUAGAAAGAGAGCAAAGGGAUGGGAAGUCACAAGCUAAAACUGAUGAUAAUACUUCCCAGAGAAGAGGUGGUUUUUCUGAAAGGAAAGUUGAUCAACCUCCUACCUCAAGGAAAAGACCUGCAUUCCGGGAGAAGAAGAUUCCAGUGGAUUCAGGAGAUGUUAAUCUAGCUGCAACAAUGACUGUGAAGUCACGCCAGUUUGAGCAUCCUCCAGAAUGGAAAGAAAGGAACCUGGAAAAAAGUAGCAAUCCAUACCAUUCAGAUGACAGAGCACCCUACAAGGAUAAAACCGGGAGAGAUGGGUUUCCGUCAAGAGAAAGGCGUAGGGGCAAUGGUGAUAUUGGUGGCAGUGGCAAUUCCAGGGGAAGAGAUAAUUUUAAUGGAAGACAAGGUUUUCUUCCCAGUAAGACUCAAAGUGAGAAGUGGAAACAUGAUUUGUAUCAAGACGUCAAUAAAGAUCCGAUUCCUCAAAAUGAAGAUGACCAGAUUGCAAAACUGGAAGCCCUUUUGGCUUCAUAAAAUAUUUCUAAGCUCUUAAAGGUUGUUCUGUAAAUCAUCUGUUUUUUUUUCUUCCUGAAGAAGCAUAAAUCAUCCUUUUUAACUCUGUUACAGGACAAUUUCCAGAAAUGAGUGGCCUGAUUAUGUAUCUCAUUUCCCCGUGUUUACAUGCAUAGUUUAUGUGUAUAGGCCAAAGGUGCUGAAUCUGUUCAUUAGUUUAUCAAAGUUUAUCAUCAUCAUCAGCAUGCUAGAGGCCUUGUUGAAUGAAACAACUGUCAGAUUCUGCAGAGGCUAUCUGGACUCAGCCCCUGCUGACUGUGCCGAACAGGAAUUGAAAUUAGAUUUCCCUUUUGCUUUGAAAGUAGAACUAUCCUUUGGCUUCAUUGGAGCAUAGACCAUUAUGCAAUUUAAAUGCUUGUAUAACAGUUCUCCUAAACUAUCAAAUAUUUUUGCUAUUUUAGCUUAAUUGUGACCAUUUCUAGAACCUGGUAUUUUUUCCGUUAAAUUAGUAGAUGAUGUAUAUCCUA